GUUGCACUGUAUGAGCUUAUCGCCCUUGCGACGGAGGUCAUGGACAUGUCCAUCGCUCAGCUCACAUCUCAACCCAAAGUCUGUGAAUCGCUCGUGCAGCGGGUCCAGGCGAUAGGGAAAGCAUGGGAAGAGCACCCUGAUUGGCAUGGUCGCAACUGGUAUGUACAGGUGCUAUUGGCCGUUGCCAGUCUCAGCCGUGUCGUGGAGUGGUGGGAGGCGGAGAAGCAGUUUUGGAACUUCGACGAUAACGAGCGCGAAGAGGAUGAGCCUCUGACGUUCGUAUUGAAGCCGACUCAGGAGGAGGAGAAGCUUGCUUCCGUUGCGCCUAGUCCACAGAAGGAGGGUCAAGUCCCUGAAGCUAGUGCAUUCAAGUUGUCUCCGGAUGACGAAGCUAAGCUACGGAUGUCACGCACGACUAGCUACGGCAGAAGGUCCCGAGACGAAGCUACGAAGGAUAUUUCGUCUGUCACGACGCCUUCCAAGGACCACGAGCGCGGUGCCUCUACUUCCAAGACUCACGAAAUCACCGAAUCUGCUCGUGUCCUUGCCACUGAACGAUUGCGGUUGCAGGCGGAAUUGGCACAAAAUCGCAACAUUGUGCUGGAGCUAGACCUCGACGGUGAUCAUAUACAAUGGAUUAACUAUGCCUGGAGGACAGUAGUGGGUUCGGAUCCGGAAGAGCUAUUCGAGUCUCGAAUAUCUCGGUUGCUCGCUCCGUCUGAUUGGGCUGUGUUCAAAGAGGCAACUCGGCGGCUACAAGAAGACGACUCCCAUACUGUCUCGGUUACUUUCAAGUUGCAGGUGCAGCCGGAGGAAGACCGAGAUGGUGCCUCUGGCGUCCUGUACCAGCAGAUGGAGGGUCAAGGUAUGCUUAUCGUGGACCGCGAGGAAGGUCGAGCUACGCACACGAUGUGGGUAAUUAAGCCUGUUGGACCUCCUCAGUGGCAACAUACUCCUUCGAUCACUCUGGAGACUGGCGAAGUCGGCGACGAGCCGCUGCCUCCUGAGACGCUCAAGGACUUUGAUGAGCGUGGUACGUUCGAACCGGCAACACCCUUCCCUCCCGUACGGCCAAUCAAUGCGACUCCUAUAUUGUGCCGUAUUUGCGAGUGCAAUAUUCCUCAGUGGUUCUUUGAGAAGCACAACGAGACCUGCAGUGAAGUCCAUCGUCUGGAAGCGGAGAUUGCAGAAUGCAACGAGUCUAUCAUGGAGCUCCGGAAUACAAUCCGGGAGCUGCUAAACGGUGUGGAGCGCUCCUCGCCUAGCACUCCUCCCGAAUAUCGUGGCAUGCCCCUCUUUUCACCUUCAUCAUCUCCUGUUUCCCAUUCUCCAUUGAUGCUGUUCCGCGGGCCCUUGGCUAGCAAGAUGCAGCGGAUGGGGGUCAAGAAGAUGCAGCGCCGCGUUCUCGAGCAGCUUGAAGAUAUCCUACAAGUCGCGUCCGAGAUCUCCGUCCCUGCGUUAAAAGAAGAGGAGCAGAAAGAGCCUAUUGAACGGCAGCGUCUACUUUCGCCUACUUCUGAGCGCAAGAUGACGCAAGUCCGUACUUGGUGCAGACCUUCGACCCAAGAUGCGGCUCUAUGCCAGCUCAUUGAAGAUGCCGAGAGAGUCAUGCGCCAGAAGACGGAUAACGUCGUUCGGCUGCAGAACACCAUCAAGUACUCUGAGAAGAUACGGCAGGAGUGGGAGGAGAAGAUUGAAAUGACUCUCACUUCAGUGGAUGAAGUAGAGGCUGAAGGCGGAGAGGACGACGAGCAAGAGGAAGGACAGCGAAGCGGGGACCAUUCGAGCACUACCUCAGAAUACGCUUUCCAGGGCGAUGAGCCUUCAUCGGACCCUACACCGGUCGCUCCAGCCUCCCCAGCUCCUUCAGGUAGGCCACAGGCAAGUGAAAGCCGGUCAACACAAGAGACCAUAACUACCAUCGCGCCCAGCCCUGUGCCGGCUUAUGUGCCCCCGAUCUUUGGCCAGAUGUUCACUCGGUCCUCUACUCCGUCUUCCAUCUCCUCUCCUCUGGCUCUGGCUGCACCCAUAGUAGCAAACAUGUCUCCUGAAGACACGCCGCCUCCCAUUGACCUAAACGAGGAAGCAAUUCAGACGGUGAAGAAGAAAAAGUCAGCCCAGAACCUCGAGCCGAAACCACAGGAUACACCUCCUUUGUCGCCCAUGCUCUCGCCUCGGGAGACACCGGCUUUGCAACGUUCUCGCCGGAGGCAUUCAACCGCCCAGCCGAUACUGAGCCCAACAUCUUCAGCUCCUGGACCACUCUCUCCCCGACUGCCUUCCGUAGCGCCCUUGUCGAGAAGUAACCCCACGUCUAUCAAGGACUUCGACAUCAUCAAGCCUAUCAGCAAGGGUGCUUUCGGGUCCGUGUUCUUAGCGAAGAAGAAAGUUACCGGAGACUAUUACGCGAUCAAGGUCCUGAAGAAAGCUGACAUGAUUGCGAAGAAUCAGAUCACCAACGUUAAGGCGGAGCGGAUGAUUCUUAUGAAGCAGGCGGAAUCGCCGUUCGUCGCUAAACUAUUCUUCACUUUCCAGAGCAAGGAGAACCUGUAUCUCGUCAUGGAAUAUCUCAACGGUGGGGAUUGUGCAGCGUUGCUGAAGUCUCUCGGUUCAUUGCCAGAGGAGUGGGCGAAGAACUAUGUCGCCGAAGUCGUGCUUGCGCUGGAGUAUCUCCAUAACCAAGGGAUUGUGCAUCGAGACUUGAAGCCCGAUAAUCUCCUGAUUGAUCAACACGGGCACCUCAAGCUCACCGAUUUCGGUUUGAGCAGGAUUGGUCUUCUUGGUCGGCAAACCCGAGAGGGGCAGUACCUCCUUGAGCGGGGCAUGCGUUCGCGAGGCGCAAGGCACAGCCCUGGUUCGCGGCCUCCGUCCAUGGAUGCCGCGUACUUGUCUUCGCCAUUAACCUCGGCAGAUCUCUUCACGGGAGGUUCGUACUUCAGCCAGAGGAUACAUCCCGUUCCUCGACCAGCCGCCAGCCCUUACAUACCUUCACCAGAUGAUAUCAGCGAAUCCAGUGGCUCUGAGUCUCUUGGAUUCUCGCGCAGGAACGGCAAUAGGGGCAAUGACAGCCCAUUGCAAUCAUUCGCUGCCGAGUUGACAACCGACCUCCGGUCGCAUUCUGGAGUCAAUACUCCUCCGGGCGAACAGAAGUUUGUGGGUACGCCGGACUAUUUGGCUCCCGAGACCAUCUUAGGUCUCCGUGGAGACGACGCUGCUGUCGAUUGGUGGGCGUUAGGCGUCAUUACCUACGAGUUCCUCUACGGUAUCCCGCCUUUCCAUGCGGAGACUCCCGAGAAAGUAUUCGAGAAUAUCCUGUCAGGCCAUAUAGAAUGGCAUGAAGAUUGGAUCGAAUUCUCCGAAGAAGCCCGUGACUUCAUGGAAAGGUUAUUGACCCUCGAUCCGUCUCGCCGACUGGGAGCAAACGGUGCCGAGGAGGUGAAGAGGCACCCGUGGUUCCAUGAUAUCGAAUGGGACAAAGUCACUUCUUCAGAGGCCGCGUUCAUCCCUCAGGUGACGGACCCGGAGUCGACCGACUACUUUGACCCUCGGGGCGCCAUUCCUGCGUUGUUCCACGACGAGGAAGCGGUUGCUGUCUCUGGCCAGCCUUCCUCCGAGAGUCCUGCCGUAAGCCCUGAACCUGGCACUCACUCCACGACAGCUCCAGUGCCUAUCAUGGGUAACCGAGAAUUGACAACCCCUCCCGACGAGGAUUUCGGGGCAUUUAGUUUCAAGAACCUCCCCGUGCUCAAGCAGGCCAACGACGAAGUCAUCCGGAAGCUGCGGUCGGAUCAGAUGGCUCCGCUAUCGCACACCCUUUCUGACCCGACGAACAUACACUCGCGCAAACGGAGUAUAUCGCAACGCAUCAAGAAACCUCCCUCUGUCGUGACCGCUCUAGACACCAAGAACAUGCCGACGAGUCCCCCGUCCCCGGCAACUUCAACAUCUUCCAUCGCGUCCUCACCGUCGCGAGGAAGCGUUCUCCCCUCAACUUCAGGAUCCGGGACGCAUGCUCGCAAACCGUCGGAGUACACGACAGUGGAACGCUUCAAGCUCAAUCAUUGGGAUGGCGAUGGCCUACGUCGGAACUCUAUGCCCAGCCGUCUGCGGACAGCAUCGGUAUCCAGCGGCGGCGACGGUUCAGUGAUUUCGGAAGCGUGUCAAUCCUCUGGUGGGCAGUCGUCUACUCAGUACGAGGCUACGACGCCGCCGUCCUCUGUAGCUUCGAUGGAUCUCAAACAAUCAUCCGUCGACUUGAAGAGAGCGCCGGACCCUAAUGAUCGGGCGGUCACUUGCUUGGUGGUGGACGAUAAUCCAAUCACGGCCAAGAUCAUCGAGACUCUGUUGAUCCGCUUGGGAUGUCGGUGUUACGUCGUGGCUGAUGGGUCCGAAGCUAUCAGUGUCGCUAUGGGUGACAUAAAGUUUGAUUGCAUUCUCAUGGAUUUGCACAUGCCUGUCUUGGACGGCGAGGGCGCUGCUCGCUAUAUCAAGAGUACAAACGGGAAAAAUACAACUACUCCCAUAAUCGCGGUCAGUGCUUACAGCGGGAACGAGCCACAUGAGCCAAACCACCUAUUCGCCGCCUAUCUCUCCAAACCUGUCCAGAAAGCCGAUCUCCUUGCUGUAAUGCGACAAGUGGGUUUCAAAACCUCCACUGUGCAGGAGGGGGGACCUCGAGCCACCAAGGUAACCCCUGGCACGCAACCUUCCUGAUUCACGACGUCCGUUCUUUAUUUUUCUGUUCAUGCAAAUCAUAUUUUUUCCUGACUGCAAUUGCUCAUGACACACACUUAUGAUCGUUUCAUUUCUAUCGGCAUUCUCUCGCAUCUGCAUAUUUUCUUACCUGUCCACAUCCAACCUCUGCAUACAUACUUCCCUUGCAUUUGUACGUUAGACUAUUGUGUCAUUAUCACAUACUGCGGUUCGGUCGGCAUCUC